UUGAAACGUUAAAUAGUUUAAGAUGUGUGAUGGUGUUGGGUGGUUACGUGAUGGGUUUUUCGUGGCUUUCUGUUGCAGGAGUUCAUUAAGCUGUUGAUGCCACCCCUCAUCACCAAGUGGAAUGUUCUCAAGGAUGAGGACAAAGAUCUCUUCCCGCUGCUCGAGUGUCUGUCGAGCGUGGCGACGGCGCUACAGUCCGGCUUCCUGCCCUACAGCGAACCCGUCUACAAACGCUGUCUGUCCCUCGUCGAACAGACCCUCAACCAGACCAUCGCGAACACGAACCAUCCGGAUCAGUUUGAUCCGCCUGACAAGGACUUCAUGAUCGUCGCUCUGGACCUGCUGAGUGGUCUAGCCGAGGGACUGGAGGCGCACAUAGAGAACCUGGUGCGCAACAGCAACAUACUGCCGCUGCUCUACCAGUGCAUGCAGGACCCGAUGCCAGAGGUGCGACAGAGCUCGUUUGCGUUGCUAGGAGACCUAACGAAGGCGACGUUUCAGCACGUUCGACCCUUCAUCGGCGAAUUCAUGCCAAUUCUAGGCCAAAAUCUCAACCCAGAGUUCAUAUCAGUGUGCAAUAACGCAACCUGGGCCAUCGGAGAGAUUUCGAUAAAAAUGGCGGGUCCGGAGAUGAAGCCCUUUGUUCCGCUCGUGCUCACGCAGCUCGUGCAAAUCAUCAAUCGCGCGAACACGCCGAAAACUCUGCUGGAGAACACAGCCAUAACAAUCGGUCGCCUUGGUUACGUGUGCCCUCAGGACGUCGCUCCCAUGUUACAGCAGUUUAUACGGCAGUGGUGCACGUCGCUGCGCAACAUCCGCGACAACGAGGAGAAGGACUCAGCGUUCCGUGGCGUCUGCGUGAUGAUCGGCGUCAACCCGGCCGGCGUCGUGCAGGACUUCAUCUUCUUCUGCGACGCCGUCGCGUCGUGGGUCAGCCCCAAGGAGGACCUCAAGGAAAUGUUCUAUAAGAUCCUGCACGGGUUCAAGAACCAGGUCGGCGAUGAGAACUGGCAGCGAUUCGCCGAGCAGUUCCCUGCUCCGCUGAGAGAGCGUCUCACUCAGCACUACGGUGUGUGAGGGGGCGGGCGGCAAGCAAACACGGUCCAAUCACCGUGACGACGCCGUGCGGCGCGGCGUCGCCGGGGAAACCGGGAGAGGUCGUCGGACGACGGAGCUACGAGGGAAGGGAGGGGGAGGGGAGGGGAGUGAGCGUUUCUUUUUCCGAGUCACACGACGGGUAGUACAGCCGUCUUACGCGAGGGAUGGGUGCGCGCCCUGCCGACGUCGCCAGCGCAGGGUAGUGGACGUGGUAGUUGUCAGUGAGGUAGAGACGGUGAAAGAACCUGUUAGUCAGAGAGCGAGAGAGAGAAAGAGAGAGAGGACCUUCUGUUAGUAAGAGAAUGAGAGAGGGAGCGGUAAUGGUAGAGGGACCAUCUGUUAGUAAGAGAAUGAGAGAGAGAUAGAGAGUGAGAGAGAGGCGCUAACGGUAUAUGGACCUUCUGUUAGUAAGAGAGAGAGAGAGAGAGGGGCAGUCACGGUAAAUAUACCUUCUAUUAGUAAGGCAGAGAGAGGUGGUCAUGGUAAAUGGUCCUUCCGUUUAUUAUGCCAUUGAUAUUAUUCUCACUCGGGGUGUUAUUUACCGUGUGCAGUCACCUCUGUAGUAAUGUUUCGAAUCGUUUGGCCAUUCUGCCGUGGUUGCAUUGGGAGGUCAUGCGUCGCUGGGGCAAGGUCCAUAGCCACUUCCUGCGUUCGGUUUGGUCGGCACGGCAGCGCGAAACUUUUCGGGAACAUAGUUAAGUUUGAAUUCUCACAAUGAAACGGAUCAAAGUAGUUGACGUAUUUACCUAGAUUUAAUCCGACCAUUCUGAUUGGUUGUUUAGUUAAGUUACGGUUAACGCGCGCGUCUGGACGGGCCGGCUGGAACCAACGUGACAGCAGAGUUUACAAGAGUUGAAAUCAUCCGGUGCAGUUGAAAUUCAUUCGAAAGAGAAGGGAGAGAGGGGAGAGAGAGAGAGAGAGAGAGAGAGAGAGAGACAGACAGUUACAUAGAAACGCCUGUCACAAUGCGAAUGUUUUGACGAGGCAAAGGUUUUUGCGAGACGGUGCUCCCUACUCUCUUCUGCUGGACUCUCGCGAUCUCGGUGCGGAUUCCCUGGGAUGGAGAGUGCACCGUGGGCCGUUCAGCCGGCCGCAGCGCAAGCGUUACUGGGGAAAAAACUUAGUUAAGUUGCACCUAGAUUUGGAAAUAUGUGUAUUAAGUCUAAAAAGCAUGCUGCGUGGGAGCUGUGCCAGUCAUUUUGCUGCGUGGUCCACCCUCCGACCGCAUUACGAGGUCCACAACGUCGUCUCCUUUUCUUUUGCGAUCUAUGGCCACAGUUUGCCAAAAAAACGUGCAUUCAUGAAUGUGGUGGUGGGGGGGGGGGUGAUCCGUUUAUGACCCGAUAUUGUUUGUUUACGAAAGGUUAUCUUCACCGAGAUACAAAUUGAUCUACAAUCUCCUUUCGAGAGAUGCGUGUACGAUCGGCUGUCGAAAUUCCGCUUAGGGUGCGACUUUGGAAUCGCGCGUCGACGCGAACACUGCGCGGUGGUGACCCUGCUUUGAAAUGACUGGCACUGUUUCCACUUUAGUUAAGUGAAGGAUCCCGGUGGCCGCCUUCCAGCUGGCGUGUGAGCGUAGACGCGUGUUGUCUGCUGGUCGCUGUUGCCGUCAUUGUCGGCGGUGAAUCGAUGCAAGUGUCGGAUUGAGCUGAGCCAGCUUGUCGUUGCUUGUCAACGUGAAGUUAUCAGCAGCAUCACCAAAUGUAGCAACAGCAGCAACAACAACAGCAGCAGCAGCAGCAGCAACAACAACAGCAGCAGCAGCA